UUACCUUUGUAUCACUCACACACAUUUUCUGUCUGUACUGCUGAUUACCCAUUCUGUAUGUGUUACAUUUUGUUAUGACUGUGUUCCAUUACCUUUGUAUCACUCACACACAUUUUCUGACUGUACAGUACCCGUUCUCCUGUGCGAUACAUUUGGCCAUGCCUGUGGACAAAAUCGUCAAGAAAUACCAGACACAAUGUGCCCAGAAACCUGACGUGGCUGCAAAGCUUGCAGCGGGCAAAGAGGCUGACCCAUGCAAACCACAGCCUGCAGGGGGUCAGAGUGACGAAGUCAGCUUUGUUAGAACAAAAAACAGAGCGACUAACUUUGCAAAUGCCAUCAAAGGAUUUGUGGACUACUUCAAGUCCACUGACAGGCUAGUGUAUGUGGAUAUCUAUGAGAAGGAAGCUGAUGACAUUCUAUCAAACUUGUGUGACUUCUUUGCAGAACACAAUUACUCAGUACUAGGAAAUUCCAAAACCCUGAUGCUGUUCAACUUCAGUAACAAUGACCUUGACAUUGAUGCAGUGCUGAUGGGUGCAGUAAUUGGCGUUCAAACUGUUGAUAUGGAGCAAUUUUGUACGACUGACCAAAAACCAGAAGAAGCAAUGUCUGCUUUGUGUGAAAAGAUGGAAGUGAUCAACCAGAAUAACCCUGGAUCUACAGCUUUUAUUAUCAAUACCUCUGGAACCCCUGUCACGAAAACCUGUCUCGAUGUGGCGUCUGGCAAGGAGGUGAUGUUCCAGGACAGUAGAGACGCUGAGGUGACCUCCUUCCUGCCGCUCUGUAUCGCCAAUAACAAGGCUUCAGUCAAGGUGCAGGCUGUGGCUUCAAACACCUACGUACUACUUUUCUCCAAGGAUGUGCCAAUCAACCUGUGUCGCUGGAUCACAAUACAAAUGAAGAAGAGUAGGAGUUAGAUAUAAAACACUACCCAAAUUUGAUAUUCUUAUCUUAGAAGCAAAAUAGGUGCUAGUUUGAACAGAAAUAGAUAUAUGUUGUUUGCCAAAAGCAUCUUUGCAAGUUUAAAGAAUUUUAAUUAUUCUUGAUGGAGGCAUUUGAUUUAGAAAUAUGUGAUACAGAUGUAGCUAUAGCCCAUCAGAGUGUUUGGAAUCAUCUAUUAUCACUUUAGGAUGAAUUUUAUUGUUGUUAAAUACUGCAUCUUACAGUCUAUUUAAGGGAUCUUUUACAGUGUAAAAUAUAAUAGUAUGUUUUGUUCAGAAAGGUGGUAAACAAUUAUUCUAUAUGGGAAUCAAAAGUUGAAGACACAGCGAUUUUUCUCCAGAUGGAAGGGAGACAAUAUGUAAGUUUUCAAUAAACAUGGUGCAACUUGAAA